AUACGAAGGUUUUAGGAGUGUUCAAGAGGUUUUACAUGAGAUAGAACAAGUUUGGUAUUAGAAGAGAUGGAAUUUUGGUUAAGUGUUUUUGAAAAAAAAAAUUGUGAUAGAACUAGUAUACAAGUACAGAGACAAUAUUACAAGAGAGAAAGGAACUACAAGGUUUUAGAUUCAGAGGUAAUCGAUAGAAGAAAAGAGAGACAUAGUUUAUAUAGAGUGCAAAGAGACAUAGGUCACAAGUACAUAGACAUUUUACAUAAUCCGUGAAUGAAAAAACAAAGUGUAGAAAGCAACAAAAUUCUACACUUUCCCGUGAAACAAACAGACAUAGUACAUUCAUUACACAUCAAGCCAGUACAACCCGUGAAACAAACAGACGAUCAAGUUGAGUUAAAGUCCUGCGCCAGACAAGCACCUGUGACCUGCACAACAAGACAGAACAAGCAAGUUAAACCAGAAGCUAUAUAGUAAAAGAAAAAGAAACCAGAAAGGCACUAACAAGAUCAAAGGCACUAACAAAAUCAAAGCAACCUACUAAGUUUCAAGCAACUAACAAAGUCGAAGCAACCUAUAAGUUUCAAUAUCAAACCAGAUUCAAGCAACUAACUUCACUGACCAGAACUAGCAACCUACUAAGUUUUACAACAACAAGUAAGUUUCAAGCAAGUUAAAGGCACUAGCAAUAUCAAAGCAAUUCGGAUAUGAGUUUGUUCUUCAGAGACACUUCUAUUUCAGAUAGUGUAUCUUUUCAGGCAAGGAGACGAUCAAGGAGUCUGUGUUUGGAUAUGUUCUCUUUCACAACUAGCAUGCUCUCUAAUUGAUCAUAAGCUGCUUCAUUCCCAUGCUUCUUGCGUUUGGCUGCUUUGCAAGCCUUAACACCAGGAGGCCUAACCUUUUCCAAGUGAGGCACCACCUCCGCAGGUUCCUUCCUUUUGUCCUUUGCACCAUCUCUGGACAAACAAUUUGAUCUCCAUUUUUGAUCAAACCGUAGUUCCCUCCAGGCAUGUUCAAGGCUGAACUUCACCUGGUAGUCAUUUAAGAAGAUGUCAUGGGCAGCCUUCAUGAUAUCAUUCUCAUUUUGGCCACUAGCUUGCUCCUUGACAGCCGCCUCAUAGCAACCCACAAACUUGCACACCUGCUCAUUCACUCUUCCCCACCUCUGCUUACAUUGACUUGCCUCUCUAGGAGGUAAGCCACUGAGCUGAGGGCUUGAAACGAACCCUAAAUCGAACCCUCAUGACGCUUUACAACCAUCAAACGAAACCCCCUAAUCGAUUUACAACUCUAUCUCGAAACCCCCAAAUCGAUUAAGAACCCUAAACCCCCAAAUCGAUUUUGAAUCCCCGGUAAAGGAACCCUAAAUCGAACCCGCAUGAAGAUUUACAACCAUAAAUCGAAACCCCCUUCUCGAUUUAGAACCCUAACUCGAAAUCCCCAAAUCGAUUUCGAUUUCCCGAGAUCGCUUUCGAGCCCAAAAUCGAUUCUAUUAUAACGUCAAAGUACUCGAUACUCACCUGAGCUCGUGGAGGAGACAGUCUGUCGUCGAUUAGAUGGAGAAAAGCUAUGGCGUCGCCGUCGCUCGACAAAUCGCCUCGGAGAGAAAGAAACCCUAGAAAUGAGAGAAAAUGAGAGAGCUAUCGAGAGAUCCGUGUUUCGAUUUCGUCAACACAAAAACGUCCUUCCAAUGAGGUGUUGCCACGUGGCUUGAACCCGUAUCAUACGGGUUCACUCUGGCGAACCGGUUCACCGAAAUUAGCCCAUUUUUUUAAUUAAAAAAGUAUUUCGGGCCUAUGAAUCCGAGCCCAUGAACCCCUUGUGAUACUCUAAUAGGCAUGCUCUUAGCUACAGUUAUUAGGAGUCUAAAUAACAGACUAUGCACUUUAUUAGGAGACUUGGUUCCAGCAGAGCGGGGCGAGACACGAUGCUAUCGAACAACAUUGAACAUACUUUUCAUUAGGAACGUUUGUCAAGUUCAAUCUUCUAUGCCCAUGCAGACUCUUCAGAGUUUCAAGACUCCACAAAAUCCAACGGCCGCCUCUUUCGCCAAGAAGUGAAAUCGGAGCUUUGUCUGUCUCUUGAGGACAGUGCUAUUUGUGGGAUGGUAAUGAUUUGCUAAUUUUUAGCUGUUUAAAAAGCACCGUGUGGUUUAAAGUCUAAACCAAAUUAAUGUUCUUAUUUUUAUAUAUUUGAUUCAAGUUGGGAUAGUAGUUUGAAGGAGGCAGGAACUUUAGACUUGAAUGUGUCAUGGGAUGAAGCAUUUACAAUGGUUGGAGAAAAUAUCAUUUUAAAUGUUUUAUUAUUCUUAGAGCAUAAUUAUUGGAGGGUUCUUAGAGUAGGGUUCUUAUAUUCCACUAAGAACACCACCUUAGAACUUAGAGGGAAAUUAAAGACAUGAAUUGAGAAUGGUUGGAGAGAUUAUGGGUUAUUAACAUCAACCAACCAAAAAAACAGUCAGAAUCACUAGAUAGAAGCAAUAAAUAUGGGUUUAACUUGGGUUUAGUAGUUUAUGAGCUUUAGACUAGAAUGUGUGAUAUGCAAAGAAGUUUAUUGUAGAAUAUAAAUGGUUGGAGAAAAUCUCAUUUUAAAUGACUUUUUAUUAUUAGGACUUAAAGGACAAUAAAACCAUGAAUUUGGAAUGGUUGGAGGUUAUGGGUUAUUAACAUCAACCAACCAAAAAAAUAGUCAGAAUCACUAAAUAGAAUCAAGAAAUAUGGUCUCAUCUCUCUUUCUGUUUCUCACACUUCCCUUUUUGUUUUUGAUCUUUUGACCCAACCUAGAGAGGAAUCUUCAUAUGAUGAUAGCAUUUCUCAAUAUAAAAACAGAGUACUGUGUUUUGUUAUUAAUCUCAGCUUAGAUUUCGCUGCUCACAUUCAGUAAAGUUGCCUUUGGCGUGCACAAGAAAAACCAUAGUGAUGUCAACGCUAAACAUGGAUGAGGUCACCUCGACGCAGAAAGGCAAAGUUCAUGGGCCAUUCCUCUUGGAAAGCCUCGUGUGCCAGACAAACCAUAUGCUAACCUCAAAGGGCGUUUUCAUGGGCAGUAACCCUCUCAAAUACGCAAUGCCACUUCUCUUGUUGCAAGUAGCUGCCAUUAUUAUCACUUCAAGGCUUCUCUUCCGCCUCCUCAAGCCCUUGAAUCAAGGCAUGAUCUCUGCACAAGUCCUGGCUGGUAUAAUCCUAGGACCAUCUCUCUUGGGCCAAAGCAGGAGCUACAUGGAGAUGGUCUUUCCCAUUAGCGGCAAAAUCACUUUACAAACGUUCUCAAACGUCGGUUUCUUCAUGCAUCUUUUCUUACUAGGCCUUAGAAUCGACGCUAGCAUUCUACGUAAAGCAGGUUCCAAAGCCUUGCUCAUCGGUACAGCCUCCUACGCCUUCCCUUUCUCACUAGGCAACCUCACCGUCCUCGUCUUGAAAAACACUUUCCAGAUCCCACCAGAAGUCGCCCACUGCAUCCACACCGUGAUCUCUCUCAACGCAAUGACCUCCUUCCCGGUCACCACAACCGUCCUAGCCGAGCUCAACAUCCUCAACUCCGACCUCGGGAGAUUAGCCACGAACUGCUCCAUCGUCUGCGAGGCCUUUAGCUGGGUCGUUGCACUCGUUUUCAGAAUGUUCUUGCAAGACGGUACGCUCGCUACCGUUUGGUCUUUCGCUUGGAUCACCGCUCUUCUCCUCGCCAUAUUUUUCAUCUGCAGACCUUUGAUCAUAUGGUUAACGGCGAGAAGGAGCGUUUCGGUUGAUAAAGCAAACGAUAUCCCGUUCUUCCCGAUCGUAAUGGUCUUGUUGGUGAUAAGCUUAGGCUCCGAAGUUCUCGGCGUCCAUGCAGCGUUUGGAGCGUUCUGGCUCGGUGUAUCGCUCCCCGAUGGACCUCCGUUAGGGACCGGGCUCACGACCAAGCUCGAGAUGUUUGCGUCAUGCCUUAUGCUCCCGUGUUUUAUCGCCAUUAGUGGAUUACAGACCAAUUUCUUAAAGAUCGAACAGAGCCACGUGAGGGUCAUUGAAGCCGUGAUCCUCAUUACCUACACGUGCAAGUUCCUAGGAACCGCAGCCGCAUCCGUGUAUUGCAGCAUAAAGAUCGGAGACGCAAUUUCUUUGGCCUUAUUGAUGUGUUGCCAAGGAGUCAUCGAGAUCUACACAUCCGUCAUGUGGAAAGAUGAAAAGGUUCUAAAUACAGAAUGCUUCAAUCUUGUUAUCAUCACGCUCUUAUUCGUGACGGGCAUUUCACGCUUCCUCGUUGUGCGCCUCUACGACCCAUCAAAACGCUACAGAAGCGAGAGCAAGCGAACGAUCCUCAACACGAGACAACGAAACAUUCAGCUCCGUCUCCUCUUCUGCGUUUACAACGUCGAAAACGUACCUUCGAUGGUCAACCUUCUAGAAGCUUCUUACCCGAGCCGCUUCAGCCCCGUCUCCGUCUUCACGCUGCACCUCGUCGAGCUCAAAGGCAGAGCCCACGCGGUGCUCAUGCCGCAUCACCUGAUGAACAAACUCGACCCCAACACGGCCCAGUCAACGCAAAUAGUCAACGGGUUCCAACGGUUCGAGCAGCAGCACCAAGGAACCCUAAUGGCUCAGCAUUUCACAGCCGCGGCUCCCUUCUCCAGCAUCAACGACGAUAUAUGCACUCUCGCACUCGACAAGAAAGCAGCGCUCAUCGUCAUCCCGUUUCAUAAAGAGUACGCGAUAGACGGGACCGUCGACCAUGUGAACCCAGCGAUUCGUAGCAUUAAUAUUAACGUGUUGGACAAGGCACCUUGCUCUGUCGGAAUAUUCAUCGACCGGGGCGAAACAGAAGGUCGUCGCUCUGUCCUAAUGAGCCACACGUGGCGUAACGUGGCUAUGAUUUUUAUCGAAGGCAGAGACGACGCGGAGGCGCUAGCCUUCUGCAUGAGAAUGGCAGAGCACCCGGAAGUGAGCGUCACGAUGAUCCAUUUCCGACACAAGAGCGCCCUUUACAACACCAACAUAACGACGGGAGAAGAAACAGAACCUUCCGAGUGUCACCUCAUAAACGACUUCAAGAGCUUCUCGCAGAACAAACCCAAAGUGCAUUACAGAGAAGAGAUUGUCAGAGAUGGAGUAGAGACCACGCAAGUGAUUAGUGCACUUGGGUCUACGUACGAUUUGGUUGUCGUGGGUCGUGACCAUGACCUAGAGUCGUCCGUACUGUACGGGCUAACGGACUGGAGCGAGUGUCCUGAGCUAGGUGUGAUCGGAGACAUGUUUGCGUCGCCGGAUUUUCAUUUCUCGGUGCUUGUGGUUCACCAGCAAGAAGGUGACGACUCUUUUGCGAUGGAUAAUAGCUAUAAACUGCCAGUUUCGCCUCAUAGGGGUGGAGAUCCGAGAGUACACCCACGUUUCUCUGUUGAAGAAGGGUAUACUACUGUCGAUCUUCACAACCGUUAAUUAGUCUUUUUCUACUGUUUUACUAAGUAAUAAUAAAGGGUGUAGUUUUUUUGUAUAAAACUACAGAUUGUUAAGUAUGCAACUCGAUAUAGUAGAACUAAUGGUCAGUAGUUUUCACUUUGAGUCGAUAGAAAAUGAAAAUGGGAUCAGAUCAUUUUAUAUUCGCAAAGUUGUUAUGUGGACAGAAGCAGACGGACGUGUCAUGGUUACAUGCAAGAGAGUAGCAUCAGAUUGUAUAAUUAGGAUAACGAGUGGGUCACUAAAAUGUAAUGUUACUACAUUACUUCUAGUCAAGUGACAGGAAUGACAUUACGUUUUGGCGGUACAUACUAGAUUGCAUCAGUACGUGUAACUCUAUUACAGAAACGAACAAGAGAAAGCCCUCAAUGUAAUACAAAAGAGAUUUUAAUUGAUAAAACUGGAAGCAUUAAUGGCUGAGGCGUAUGGAGAAGAUGGGCUGUUUGGACCAAACUUAGUAAUGUAUGCGUGGUUGCAUAUACACUGUACAACAAUAGUAAUUGCUGUAGAGAUGAAUAGAAUAGAAGAAAAAGAGAGAUCGAUAAA